AUGGCGUUUUCCUACAUUGAUCAAAUUGGAUGCUUGGUGUGGAAUCGAGAGCUUGUCGAUGUAAUGAAGUUUGAAGCUGGUGGAGAAAGUCUUUCAGUCCGUCUUGCAAGUUCUGAGUUGGCUGGAAGCAACCGAACCAAGAUUAUCGUAGCUACCACUGUCAGCAUUAUUGUCUUCCUAGUCUUGGUCUUUGCCUCUUAUUGGUUCUGGAGACACAAAGCGAAACGAAAUGAUUCAACUCCUACACCCAUAGAGGCUUCACAAGAUGCAUGGAAGAAAGAACUAAAAAAGCAAGAUGUAUAUUUCUACGAGAUACGAACUAUAUUAACCAUCACCGAUAACUUCAGCUUGGAAAAUAAGCUUGGUCAAGGUGGAUUUGGUCCAGUUUAUAAGGGAAAGCUGCAAGAUGGGAAGGAAAUAGCUAUAAAACGCCUUUCGAGCACCUCAGGACAGGGUCUAGAGGAGUUCAUGAAUGAAAUAAUACUCAUCUCGAAACUCCAGCACAGAAACUUGGUCCGGCUUUUGGGUUGCUGCAUUGAAGGAGACGAGAAGCUAUUGAUUUAUGAGUAUAUGGGGAACAAAAGCCUCAAUACCUUUAUCUUUGAUUCGACGAAAAAGCUUGAGCUUGAUUGGCCCAAGCGGUUUGAAAUCAUUCAAGGCAUUGCUUGUGGACUUCUCUAUCUUCACCGUGACUCAUGUCUAAGGGUUGUGCACAGAGAUUUGAAGGUCAGCAACAUCCUUUUAGACGAGGACAUGAACCCUAAAAUAUCUGAUUUCGGAUUGGCUCGGAUGUUUCAAGGAACUCAACGUCAAGCCAACACUCGCAGGGUUGUUGGAACUCUAGGAUACAUGUCACCGGAGUAUGCAUGGACAGGGAUGUUCUCUGAGAAAUCAGACAUCUAUGCAUUUGGAGUUCUUCUCUUAGAAAUCAUUACCGGGAAGAGGAUUUCAAGCUUCACCAUUGGAGAAGAAGGCAAAAGCCUUCUCGAACAUACAUGGGAUUCUUGGCGGGAAGAUGGUGGACCGGAUCUGUUGGAUCAAGACGUUUCAAGUUCGGGUUCUGAUGAUGAAGUAGCGAGAUGUGUGCAGAUUGGUUUGCUCUGUAUUCAACAGCAAGCUGUGGAUAGACCUAACAUUGAGCAAGUCAUGUCAAUGCUUACAACCACAAUGGAUCUUCCGAAACCGAAACAACCCGUUUUCUCGUUGCAGGUUCAAGAGAGUGAUUCAGAGUCUAAGUCAAUGUAUUCUGUGAAUGGUCUAACACAAAGUACUAUAAUUGGUCGAUAA